CAGAACCCUCAACAUAUACACGUAAUACCAUGGCAACUCUCAAGAGACCGCUUGCAAACCUUGACAGUCCGACGCCGAAUAAGUUGCGAGGUUUCUCCAAAAGCAUGUCUCUCGAGAGUUUUGAGGACCUCCAUGGACCCUUGCCACAUUCGUUUCCGCUAACGCUAGGUCAGCUCAACCAAGGGCCGCACGCGGCCCCGGGCGUUCCAGAGCUCCCCAUCGCCGUAGGAGAAGCUUUUUUGCGCAUGCUUAGCGCGCCCGUGACUCAGUUCCAACACGUCAUGAAUCCAGAAAACCGCGCGAAAUCCCGCUACUACAUGUUCUUGGCUCAGCUGCUGGCCGAGAUUCGCCACGGGACUUUACUUUUGUGCGCGGCCGAUUUUGAGGAGCUAGAGGAGCUGGAGGAGCAGCCCGAGGACACCUUGGCCGACGCUGGGCAAUUGGAUCCUGGCUUUGAGGAGGAGGUGGAAGGCGACGUCGAAGAAGAAGGCCCGAUGGAGCUCGUGAUGCUGCGUGCGCCGGAGGGAGGAAGCGGCGUACGCGCACGCAACAGGGCGCUGUCGCAUGGUUUACAGGCCGGGAUGCAGGCCGGCUGCGAGGCUGCUCUGCUGGUCGAGGUCAAGGCUUUAGUGGGUUCACACCACAUGUGGCAGGCGCUGUCCGCGGGCAUUGCGCUGGCGCGCAGGAACACAGCCUGCGGCAGCAGCGGCGGCGGCAACGGUGGCGACGGCAGCGGCGGGGGCGGCAGCAGCAGCGGCGGCGGCGGCAGCCGCAGCGGCGGUGGCAGCUACCCGGGAAGUCCUGUACAUGUGGUUCUCACGGACGCCAGAGACUGGCAUUUCAUGGGCAUCCAGGCGACAGCAGCAGCAGCUACGAAGCAGCCCGCUGGUGGUGCCGGUGGUGUCGCCGCCGCAGCAGCAGCAGGCAGCAGCGCCUCUGGCGCUUCCGGUGGGCUUGACUACACCCUAAAGUCGGGGGAGUCAUUCCGCUUGUUCAACUGCUCCUCCGUGUACGCGCCCGUGCUGGUCCGGGGGACGGAGGCUGCCCGUAUGGUCGAGGUGAUGUACCGCCUGUACACGGCCCUGUACCCGGAUGAGGACCUCGGCCGCCUGCCGGACUUGCUGGAUCGCGGCGACAUUCAGGCAAAGGAGGCUGCACGGGAGUGGCUUGUGCAGCGCACCGAGAAGCUUGAGCGUGCGCGGCCGCCGGCUGACUAUGCAGGCCUGGUGGCUCGAGUGGCCCAGCUGGAGGCGGAGGUGCAGGCUCUGCGGGAGCGCGGUGGCCCUGGCGCUGCUGGGGCCGGUGCUGCUGGUGGUGGCAGCACUUAAGCUGGGUUGCUGCUUUCCAGUUCAAGUUGGUUGGCUAUGGCUACGGGAGAGUGCGUUGGUCCUUACUUCGCCACAGCAAUGUUGACGGUACUACGGCAUGACCACCAUGUGAAGGCCUCCUGGCAGUGGGGUUAUGCCCGGUCUAUUGGCGUGGGUGCUUAUUCGUGCACCCAUGCCUCCGUGUAUUCCCUCUAUCUCAUGCCCGAUUGCUCCACAAGGUGGGAUGUCCCCCGAGCGCCAGACGAUAGCAUGCCGGCCCUGCUCAACUACACGGGCGGCCGAGGCCAGCCAGUUGAGUGCUGGCCAAGGAUGUAGCACACUAGGUGGAGUCAGGAGGAAGGAAGGGCCAAUGCAAGAGAGCGCCUAGCUGGGACCAGCUAGGACCCGUCAGUGCGGGUGGUCAGCGGUGCCGGCGUGAGUUGGUGAGGUCCAAGUGACGAGAAAGUAUGACAG